AUGCCAUUCGGGAUAUCACCAGCUCCCGAAGAGUUCCAGCGUCGCUUAGACAACGCUCUGAAAGCCCUAGAUGGGGUACAACCCAUAUACGACGAUAUUCUAGUCUUCGGCUGUGGAAACACUAAAGAGGAGGCUACAGCCGAUCACGACCGCAAGCUGAACUCUCUUCUCCAACGCUGCAGAGAUAAAGGGAUCAAACUCAACAAAGAGAAGCUCAAGUAUCGACAAGCAGAGGUCACCUUGAUGGGCCAUGUAAUCUCUGCUGACGGCCUAAGACCGGACACAGCAAAGAUUGAUGCUGUUAUAAACAUGCCAACUCCACAGAAUAAGCAAGAUGUUCGCCGUCUCCUCGGCAUGGUCAACUACCUACAAAAGUUCUCGCCGAAUCUCUCCGAUGCCACUUAUGAUCUAAGGAACCUCCUCCAGGAAGACUUACUGUUCCACUGGGACCCACACGUCCACGGCGAGUCUCUCAACAGAGUAAAGCAACUACUAACGACUGCACCUUUGCUGAAAUUCUUCAACCCCAAAGAAGAAGUUGAGUUGCAGUGCGAUGCGUCGAAAAGGGGACUUGGGGCACGCCUGCUCCAAAAGGGGCAGCCCGUCGCCUAUGCUUCCAGAUAUCUUACCACAGCAGAACAACAUUACGCACAGAUAGAAAAGGAAAUGCUGGCCAUCGACUUUGGAACACAAAAGUUUGACCAAUACAUAUAUGGCAGAAAGAAAAAGGUAGAGACUGAUCACAAGCCUCUUGAAUCUAUACUCAAGAAGAGUAUACUUAACGCUCCAAAACGCCUCCAAAGAAUGAUGACGAGGCUUCAGAGAUACGACCUAGAAGUUACAUAUAAGAAGGGUUCACAGAUGUACAUGGCCGACACACUCAGAAGAGCCUACUUAACAACCACACCCCAAGAGGAUGUCUCUGACGAAGACAUACUCAAGCUAGAUGACAGAAUCAGCGAGGUCGAGGUUGAUAUCGAGAGUGUCAAUGCUCUACAAUUCCUAUCCGCCUCAGACGAAACCAUAGCCCGGAUAAGAAAGACAAGUGAUGAAGACCAUGACAUGAAUUCACUGAAGACAGUCAUCAGACAAGGAUGGCCAGACAACAAGGCAGCAGUACCCCACAGCCUUGCUACCUACUUCUCCUUCAGAGACGAACUUUCAAUUCACGACGGCCUGAUAUUCAAAGGCGAAAGACUGGUAAUCCCUUCUAGUGCUAGACUAUUUGUUAAAGAAAGACUCCACGCAGGACACAUUGGCAUCCAAGGCUCUCUGCGUUGGGCCCGAGAACUUGUCUAUUGGCCGGUUGACUACUACUCAAACUUCUUUGAAGUGGAUCGCCUACAGAACAAGACAGCUAAAGAAGUCAUCCUCAAACUCAAACAACACUUUGCCCGCCACGGCCUGCCAACUACCCUGAUAUCCGAUAAUGGCCCACCCUUUAACUCUACAGCUUUUUCCGACUUCCCCAAAUGCUAUGGCUUUGUCCACAACACAAGCUCACCCGGUUUUGCACAGUCCAACGGGAAAGUCGAAAACGCAGUCAAGACAGCAAAGUCAAUCAUGAUUAAGGCCAUAGAGUCCUAUAGUGACCCAUAUCUUGCCCUGCUCGACUGGCGAAACACACCCACUGAAGGAAUGGACAGCUCUCCUGCACAAAGACUCUUCAGUCGGAGGACCCGAACCCGACUACCUACUGCAACCUCGCUGCUGACGCCAGAAGUCCCUAGAGACACCUUAGAAAAACCGCAGCGUCGCAAAGCAAAGCAAGGCUUCUACUUCAACGUCGGAACGAAGGAGCUACCAGAACUGCAGGUGGGCGACACCGUACGCAUCAAACCUCUCCAACCAGCUAACGUCCAUAAGCCCUGGGUCAAAGCAAAAGUCCAACACAAAUCUGACAUACGCAGCUACGAAGUCCGCACGGCAGACGGAAGACAGUACCGUCGCAACAGGAGACACCUUGUCUCCGUGAGAGAACCCGCCAAUGAACCACUAACCCCCACAAGCGAUAGUAUCCCAGUGUCAGGACAUAAUUUGAGAGACAAACCCAGUCUCACCGAACCAGCCACACUCACUGACAACCAGAAAGCACCCACCACGCCCUUACCGGAGGCACCUGAAGUGCACCAGGGACACUAUCAGACAAGGUCAGGACGAGUCAGCCAGCCACCCUCCUAUUUGAAGGACUAUCCAACCUAA